AUGGUUGAUACAACGACGGAAACAAUGGUUGACACAACCACCGAAACUGCCGUUGAUACAACAACGAUGGUUGAUACAACAACUGAAACAAUAACUGAAACAGCUUUUGAUACAACAACUGAACCAGUGACUGAAACUACAACAAGUGAAAUAUUUGUUGACACAGUAUUCGAUACUACAACCGAGCCAGGGAUUGAUUCAACGACGGCCUCAUUUACAGACUCUACAACUGAAUCGGUAGUCGAUACAACAUCUGUGGCUGACACAACUACAACGUCAGAUGUUACUACGGAAACAGCUGUGGAUUCAACUACCAUGUUUGACACAACGACUGCUGUAGACUGCUCAAUCUGCUGCGGUUCAUCGAAUAAUCAGCAAGGAAAUGCCAACACGAACAAUCAAGGAGCGGGUUCAACAAAUAAUCAAAAUGGAGAUGGUAACACAAACAACCAGCUGAACUGCGCAGCUUGUACCUGUACCACUACUUUUGCUACGUCAACAACAGAAGGAACGACAUUAGAAGUGACGUUUGAGAGCACCACUGCUGCUGACUCAACUACAACGUCAGAUGCUACAACAGAAACAACUGUGGAUUCAACUACCAUGUUUGACACAACGACUUCUGUAGACUGCUCAAUCUGCUGCGGUUCAUCGAAUAAUCAGCAAGGAAAUGCCAACACGAACAAUCAAGGAGCGGGUUCAACAAAUAAUCAAAAUGGAGAUGGUAACACAAACAACCAGCUGAACUGCGCAGCUUGUACCUGUACCACUACUUUUGCUACGUCAACAACAGAAGGAACGACAUUAGAAGUGACGUUUGAGAGCACCACUGCUGCUGACUCAACUACAACGUCAGAUGCUACAACAGAAACAACUGUGGAUUCAACUACCAUGUUUGACACAACGACUGCUGUAGACUGCUCAAUCUGCUGCGGUUCAUCGAAUAAUCAGCAAGGAAAUGCCAACACGAACAAUCAAGGAGCGGGUUCAACAAAUAAUCAAAAUGGAGAUGGUAACACAAACAACCAGCUGAACUGCGCAGCUUGUACCUGUACCACUACUUUUGCUACGUCAACAACAGAAGGAACGACAUUAGAAGUGACGUUUGAGAGCACCACUGCUGCUGACUCAACUACAACGUCAGAUGCUACAACAGAAACAACUGUGGAUUCAACUACCAUGUUUGACACAACGACUUCUGUAGACUGCUCAAUCUGCUGCGGUUCAUCGAAUAAUCAGCAAGGAAAUGCCAACACGAACAAUCAAGGAGCGGGUUCAACAAAUAAUCAAAAUGGAGAUGGUAACACAAACAACCAGCUGAACUGCGCAGCUUGUACCUGUACCACUACUUUUGCUACGUCAACAACAGAAGGAACGACAUUAGAAGUGACGUUUGAGAGCACCACUGCUGCUGACUCAACUACAACGUCAGAUGCUACAACAGAAACAACUGUGGAUUCAACUACUAUGUUUGACACAACGACCGCUGUAGACUGCGCGGUCUGUUGCGGUUCUUCGAAUAAUCAGCAAGGGAAUGGCAACACGAACACUCAAGGAGCGGGUUCAACAAAUAACCAAAAUGGAGAUGGCAACACAAACAAUCAGCUGAACUGCGCAGCUUGUACCUGUUCAACGACAAUUGAUACGACGACACCACAAGAAACGACAUUAGAAGUGACGUUCGAGAGCACGACUGCUGCUGACACAACUACAACGUCAGAUGCUACAACAGAAACAACUGUGGAUUCAACUACUAUGUUUGACACAACGACUGCUUUUGACUGUUCGCUCUGUUGCGGAUCAUCGAAUAAUCAGCAAGGAAACGCUGAACUGCGCAGCUUGUGCCUGCUCUACGAUACCAGAAGAAACAACAACAUUUGCUGUGACGUUCGAGAGCACAACAACUGUGGGUAA